AUGGGCCUGUUCAGCCGAAAGGCCAAAGCGACCACAGACACCACCACAGGCGGCGGUAGCAAGGAAAAGACACAAGACACCUCGUCUGCCGCCGCGUCGACGGGCACGACUGCUCUACCUCAAUUCAACCACAACGGCCACGCUGUAACGCCUGGCAUUCAGCCAGAAGGGGAGAGUGGUCGGAGAGGAAUCGACCCCGGCAAGUUCUUCAAAAUCACAUGGACGUCGUCAUGUACCGUCUCUAGCUGGGUGAACAUACUCUGGCCCUUUGUGCCCGCCGCAAUCGCUCUUCAUUUCAUCCACGGCGAUCACCACCUCUGGACAUUUGCCAUCAACUACAUCGCCAUGGUGCCGGCCGCGAACUUGUUGGGCUUUGCAGGACAAGAGUUUGCACGAAAGCUGCCCAAGGUGGCAGGAAUCUUUAUCGAGACCACGCUCGGCGGCAUCGUCGAGAUUGUCCUGUUUAUGGUCCUCAUUGCAAAGGAUAAUGGAACUGGGGAGGCUGGUCACGGCAAUAAGAUCGCCGUCAUACAGGCCGCCAUUCUAGGCUCUAUCAUAACCAACCUACUACUCUGUCUGGGGUGUUGUUUCCUGGUCGGUGGCAUCAAGCACAAGGCACAAAAGUUUCACCCUAUUGUCAGCGAGGUCGGCUCGGGCUUGAUUCUUGUGGCCGGCUUUGCUCUGCUGAUUCCAUCGGCAUUCUUCUCGUCACUGAGUGGCAGCACUGUCGCAAACGGAGAAGGCUACACUGAAGCCAGACUACGCAACGACACACUCAACAUCAGCCACGGCGUCUCCAUCAUUCUCAUCGUUGCCUUUCUCUUAUAUCUGAUUUACAACUGCUUUUCACACGAUAACAUCUUUGAGGAAGUCCUCGAGGCCGACGAACAAGCCGACCGAGACAGGCACAGAGACCUUCGGAAAGACAAACUGACCAUGACCGAGUGCAUACUCGCGAUCGUGCUGUCUUUGACCUUCAUCUCUUUACUUGCUGUGUUCCUGGUGGAGGAGAUCGAGUACGUCGUGGAGCAUGGCGUCCCCGACAAUUUCCUUGGUUUGAUUCUGGUGCCGUUGGUGGAAAAGGCUGCCGAGCACCUUACGGCCAUUGACGAGGCAUAUGAUAAUCAGAUCAAUUUUGCUCUCUAUCACUGUCUGGGUCCUACUAUUCAGACCGCCUUGUUCAAUGCUCCUCUUGUGGUGAUUGUUGGUUGGGGUCUGAAGAAACCAAUGGACUUGAACUUUGAGAUUUUCCAGGUGGUUCUGCUGGUUCUUGCUAUCCUUGUGGUUGGCAAUUUCCUCAGAGAUGGAACCUCAGAUUAUCUGGAAGGCUCGCUCUUGGUGAUGGUAUAUAUUAUCAUUGCCCUCACAGCCUGGUACUAUCCCAAUGCCGAAUUGACCACUUCGAAUGGUCGGACACCUGCCACGGAAAGUGGUGGCGAAGGAACCGAAGCAUUGUUGCAAGCUGCGAAGAUGCUAAUGACAUAA